AAUCAACACUGUUUCCUCAAGCGGCUCUUGCUGCAUCACAUUCCUGAUUGCUCGGACCCGUGGAUUAAACUUUGUCUCAGCAGGACUGAGGCAGGAGAGAGAUACCCAGGGAGAAGCUUCAGGACGACUGUCGGGGAGUAGUGGACACGAUGUUGAUCACAAUGCUAACCGCCAUGUAUGUAAUGGUCAACGUCGUGAAAUCGAUAGGAUUCCAGUUUGCACGGAAACCAGAGCCUUUACCUUACAUGGUCUCUCAGCCGUUGCCUUGGCAGGUUCACUCUGUGUCCCUCAGCCGGAAGAGCAGUAGAGCAGAAGAGUUUGAUGGUCUCAGGAGGAACAGCAUAGGCGUGUACAGAAAGAGCUCCAGUAUCACUAAUGGCACGUGCACCACGCCUUUAGUUCCCCCGCUCAGCCCCGUUGAAGUAGAAAAGGCCGCCUCUACCAUCCAGAGCCACUUCAGGAAGUUCCAACAGAAGAAGCAGAAGAACGGCAAAUAGAUGAACAGAGACGGAUGUCAGAGCUGGUGCAGCAAGUCUGAGAGAAAACGGGAAGCUGGUGGAGAGAGUGUAGACAUUACAAUGGGUUCAAUGUACAUCCAUUCACUUUAGUUCCCAUGACUUGAGACAGAAACUAAACUGUAAGGUAAAGCUAUAAUCUUCCUGUGAAGAAAACUGUCUUUUAUUGUCUGUGGAGUAGUUUGAUGUGCUGCUACGGUUCUAAAGUGUGAUUGUGUAUUUAUAUUUGACUUAUUUUGAAUAUUUAAUCGUGGCAGAAAGCAUUUGAACACAUGUUGUCUUUAAAACAAACUUAUUGCACUUUGAUCAAAACAUUUGAAUUAAACUAUCUGUCAGA